AUUACGUCACCAGCGCUCCCUCUGAUUGGCUGCGGAGGGAGCCGCGCCAUCAGCGGGGCGGAAGUUCAGCAUUAUCCACGCAAGAAGCUCUUCCUUCGCUUAGGACUUUAAUAUCUCAGUUCAGAGAAAGAGAGAAGAUUCUUUAAAACUGCGCAGCGGCAUGUGAUGUCCGCCGGCAGCAUCAUCCUUCAGUCACAGCGGCCAUGGCGGAGAUUGCAGCACUGAACGGCGGUGCUCCGAUGCGCCGCGGGCCCUACAUCAGCAUGAUCACCAAUCGGACGAUGAACUUGCUGAUCCGCGCCGCCAUGCUCUUCAUGGUGGGCGUGUUUCUAGCGCUGGUGCUGAACCUGCUGCAGGUGCAGCGUAACGUCACGCUCUUCCCUCCUGACGUCAUCAGCAGCAUCUUCUCGUCUGCCUGGUGGGUUCCUCCCUGCUGUGGGACGGCUGCAGCGUUGAUAGGUUUGCUGUACCCCUGUAUGGACCGGCGUCUUGGGGAGCCCCAUAAGCUCAAGAGGGAGUGGUCUAAUGUCAUGCGCUGUGUGGCCGUCUUUGUGGGCAUAAACCACGCCAGUGCUAAGGUGGACUUUGCGAAUAAUGUGCAGCUGUCAUUGACGCUGGCUGCCCUGUCGGUCGGCCUGUGGUGGACGUUUGAUCGCUCACGCAGUGGGUUUGGGCUUGGUGUCAUCAUUGCAACACUAGCCACACUCGCCACUCAGCUGCUGGUUUACAACGGAGUUUUUCAAUACACCUCCCCUGACUUCCUGUACAUUCGGUCCUGGCUGCCGUGUAUCUUCUUCGCAGGAGUGAUAACCGUGGGGAAUAUCGGACGACAGCUCGCUCUGUACGAGUACAAAGUCAGUCAGGAAAAGAGCCAUCAGGAUUAAGGGAGAAUCCUCUACACACACAGGAAAACCAGGAAACAGGAGCGAGGCAUCGACCAGACAGAGCGAUCCGUCACUGAAGGAGGCGCCGCUCUUCGUGUUUGAGGACGGACCGUUUUAUGAUUCAUGCCUGCGGAUCCACCGUUUGCGUCCUCAGACGCUCAGGUUCUCCACUUGUGUGUAACAGUAAUAUAUGAUGGCUCAUACACACCGUCUGUGCCAGCGCUGAAAUGCUACUGGCUGCAGUGAAGUGCCAAACUGACUCUGAUUGGUCAAACUGCAUGACUGUCCUCUCUUCAUGACUGCAGGUGAGGCCUGGUGUGUGUGUGUGUGUUAAAUUUACAAUAUAAUGACUGAAUAUUUAGACUUUACAUGCAGAGAGACAAAACACAGUUAUUCACACAGAAUAUGAUCUUCUUACUGUUAUUGCCUCCUCCAUCCUCUAUGACGGGUGGAGGAGAGUCAUCUGGACAAAACACUACCAUCGGAUCUCAUUCAUCAUAACAACCCAAAAGAGUAAUAUGGAGUAUUAUGACAGGGCAUGUCCUCUGUUACAAGGGCAGCUGGCUCCUGUGAUGUCUCAGAUCCAGCACUAGUGGGCGUCAGAGCACAACUGACUGCGUCAAACUGUAUUUGUAGAUGAAAUAUACAAAAUACAGGGAAGAUAUCAACAUAUUUAGUUGUGAAGGGAAUUAGUGUUCAACAAGGUGUUUAUUACUGCUUUAAUUACAACUUGAAUACUUUAAUGUGAUGCAUUCCUCAUAAUAACCAGAUCAUUCCCUGCUAGACCCCAGUUUUGACUAAAAGACGCAUCCAGAAAUCACUUCCAGAUCCGAUAUAAACGGCUGUUUUGGCUUCAGAAUAAAAAUAAAAUGAUUUUCAAUGACAUUCCAUUGAUUAUUACCUAAGCCUUAAAAGAACAGAUAGAUUGGAGCUCAAAGUAAAAAGUCUAGAACAGGCAGACCACCAUCUGUGCACUGAUUUUGGAUUAAUUAAGGGAGUUUUUUUUUUUUUUUUUUUUUUGUAUUAUCUUACCUCUUUUUAUUUGCAAGGAUAUUUUAUGAAAUACUGAAUAGUAAGUGGGAUCAACAUAUUAAGUGUUACAAUGAACUUUCACACCUGAAAUAAUUGUAUAGUGGCAAGAGUAAUUGCACAGUUCAUUGGUGACCAUCAGAAACUGGGUAUGUUGGGGUGUUUUCUCAUGCUUGAUCCAUGGUUUGUAUUUAACCACAUUUACUGUUUUUUGAAGUUGAAGUCACAUGUUUGCUAUCUGCAUUAUUAAAAGAGACUUUCUUUGAAAUUAA